CAAUUAUACGUCACAUCAUGUGAAGACCUGCGAAUCCUACAAGAAGUAGUUCGCUACCGGCUUCCUACUCUCUGUCAUGGCGUGAUUGGUUGGUACCUGCUUGACAUGAAGGUCCAAGUGCGGCAGUGUACCGGAGUUGACAUGUUUGAACGCCCGGUUAUCCACAUGGCAGCCGUCAAACGUCGCUGCACCGCGAAUCCUGAUCUUCAUUUGGAGAGCAUCUUCAUCCAUCUGCAAGAUGAGUCUAGGCGACUGAACAUGGCAUGCACUCAGUCAUUGAAACUACUACAUCAUGAGCAGCUGUAUCUAGUCCAGUAUCGAUUGACUGAGCAGGCUCACAACCAGGACUGCCUCUUCUGGAAUGUCUUUGACUCAAACAGCAGUGAUAUUAGUUCCGUAGGGUCUGAGAGAUGCUUCCAACCUCACUCGCUUGAUCAUCUCUUCAAGGGCGACGGGAAGCAGGCGUUGCUCGGAUGCUUCCCGUCUCUAAUAUCCUCCACACACUCAAACGGCAUGUGUAUCUCUUGCUCUGAUGACGGCCCGGGAGCAUCAGGGCAGGGUUUUGAAAUCAACGCUCAUUUAUACAUGGUCGGCCGCCUUGGUGGCCAUGUCUUACAUACUCCUACUUUGAGUCAGCGACCCUCUCACCAUCCUCGGUGUAUCAUUGUGUUCAAUUUUGUUGCAGUUGCCCGUCCAGUGGUAAUAAUAUCGUGUUGAAGACUUUUGGUCCUAUUGUAGACGUUCAUGUACACAAGGCGAGUUACCUUUGAACAACGGCGUGGUCUCAUACCUGACGACGGACAGAUCUCUUAUCAGACCCUCGCUUUGCAACGCUCUGGGAACAUAUUCAUCGUGAUCUUCUUUACCCCGAUAUCAAUCACGUUGUCGAGCUUCCGGAACAUUCACUGCCGAGUGCUCGCCCCACCAACCUGAUAAUAACCACUGCACUGCUGCAGGGCUGCAAGUAGCUGCACGAAUCCGUGACGACAUCUGUGGCUACGACACGGUC